UGUCCUUGCUUUUUUUUUUUUUCUUCCAGUGCCGUGAUUGAUUUGGGGACCAGCCACCCGCCUACCACUGUGAGCCUUACAGUCAUGAGGAUGAAAGGCAAUAAUGCAGGAAGCUGCUUAGCUCAGCACCUGGCAAAAAUAGGGUCAGGGGCUGCCAGGAAAUCAAAACGUUUGGGUGCUUGCGGGUGUCGGGAAGGAAGACAAGAGUGGACGCCUGAAGGGAAAAGAAACCAGGCAGGAAAGGAACAGUAAAAGACAGGUCCUUCGGUCUUUGCAGAGAGCUAGACUGACCCACAGAGGGACUGGAGGGGCGGGGCUGGCACUCUCCACCCCCACCUUUGGGUUGGGAACUUCCAGAGGGUUGGUCUCUCCCUUUUUUCCUGCUCUGAUUAACACUGGGCUGGUGGGCCUGGCAGGAGGGGGGAGGAACCACAAUGGUUUGCACCACCUGAACUUAGUGACAAAAGGGCGCUGCCCAAACAAAGCCCCUACCUGCCUAGGAGCCAGGCUGGGAAACAGGUACUUCUGUGGGGCUUGGAUGAGAAGGAGUGGCGUGGGGAAGGAGAGAAUGUUGGGGAAACUUGGUGGCAUGGUGACUGUCCCUCUCUCUCUGCAUUUCUUUUGGUUUCUUCUCAAGCCCCUCCACUUAGCCACAGAGCACCCUCGGCUGGACACUGGGCUAGGGGGCUGGGGACACGGGGACAAAAGACUCAUAAUCCUGGCUGCUGGAGAAAGAUGUCUGGUCCCCGUGUCUCUGCCUCCUGCAGCGCUCAGCCCCCUUAUCCACCGACCCCUCGCCCCACUUCUCUGAACCCCUCUCUCCUUCUGCCCUCUGAGUUUAUUCUGUCUUAACCAGACCUGCAGUGUGUGUGCUCCCAGAGGGAAGCGACACAAAAGGGUUGGGGGUGGGGGGCGUGCAGAAAGGAGGGAAUCCCGCUGACAUCACUCAUUAGCAUGUGUGACCUCAUCAGGAGGCGGGACAAUUUCCCCAGGUGUCUGGCGGUGGGGGGGGGGGACACGUAGCGGGGUGGCAUUUGAAGGGAAAAGCUGACAGUGCUGCCGAGUGAGGGAGCGGGUGCUGCGAAGGGCCGCCGGGCUGCACACGCACGCCGAUGCAUUCGGACCUGGACGCCGACAUGGACACGGACACAGAAACCACAGCACUCUGCCCCUCCGGCAACCACCAGGCCUCCCCGCCAGGGACGCCCACACCAGAAGCAAAUGCCACACUGCUGAAGAAGCAAGAUAAACUGCUGGCAGAGCUGGACCGGAGCGAGCCACCCUCUGCCCCAGGGGCCCCCAGACGAAGAGGCAGUAUGCCUGUCCCCUACAAGCACCAGCUGCGGCGGGCCCAGGCUGUAGAUGAACUUGACUGGCCACCUCAAGCCUCAUCCUCUGGUUCCUCUGACUCCUUGGGAUCAGGGGAGGGAGCCCUUACCCAAAAGGACAGCAUCUUCAAGGUCAUGCUGGUGGGGGAAAGCGGCGUGGGCAAGAGCACCCUAGCAGGCACUUUCGGUGGUCUCCAGGGAGACAAUGCUCAUGAGCCAGAGAACCCAGAGGACACCUAUGAGAGACGCAUCACGGUGGAUAAGGAGGAAGUGACUUUAGUUGUCUAUGACAUCUGGGAACAGGGGGAUGCAGGAGGGUGGCUGAGGGACCACUGCCUUCAGACCGGGGAUGCCUUUCUCAUCGUCUUCUCAGUCACUGACCGACGAAGCUUCUCCAAAGUUCCAGAGACCCUACUUCGACUCCGGGCUGGGAGGCCCCACCACGACCUUCCUGUCAUCCUGGUUGGAAACAAGAGUGACCUGGCCCGCUCCAGGGAGGUCUCACUGGAGGAGGGCCGCCACCUAGCAGGAACACUGAGCUGCAAGCACAUCGAGACAUCUGCCGCUCUGCACCACAACACGCACGAGCUCUUCGAGGGAGCAGUCCGUCAGAUCCGGCUGCGGCGCGGCCGGAGCCGCGCGGGGCUCCAGCGGCAGGAGUUGGGCAGCCCCGAGGGCGCCGCGCCAUCUGCGCGCCGCGAGAGCCUCACCAAGAAGGCCAAGCGCUUCCUCGCCAACCUGGUGCCCCGCAAUGCCAAGUUUUUCAAGCAGCGCUCCAGGUCGUGUCACGACCUCUCCGUGCUCUGAGCCGCCGUCGCCAUGGUGACCUCGGUCGCCAUGGUGACCACUCACUCAGCCUGACCCCUCGCCUAGCCCCUCCCCGCCCUGCCCCGCCCCUAUCGGGCUUCCUUUGCGAAGACGGGCUAGGAAACCAAAAGCUCCCAGAACGCCGGGUUUGACCGUGGGGCUUGCGGGGAGGUCUUCAGAUACAUCCUCCUCCUCUCCUACCCCCAGCCUGGGCACCUGGGAGGCAGGACUCGGAACCAGCGGGGCACACCGCGGUGGGCGGGCGGGCGCAGCGGUUCUGGUGGGCUGGAAGGAAAAUCGUUUUGCAAGAUAUUUUGUUUUUUAUUACUUCGCGCUUGACCACCUCUCCUGCAAAGAGAUCCUAAAGCCGAGAACUACAAAAGUGCUUUGUAGACUCCUUUACAGGGUUUUCCACCUUUGUACUCUACACUAAUAUGCCUCACCUUUAAGAGAUUCUUAAAGGUAAAUACACGGAGACCCUUCUCGGAGACUUUUCCUAAAACGUUCUGGCUCUUACCUGCUGCACUUGUUCACGUGCCUUUAAGAAGUUAAAGGCAAGGGUCUGGAAGUGCUAGUUGUGAGAAUUAUUUCUCUGGUUUAUCACUACACCAUGGCACUUCUCCUUUAAGGCUAUUAAAGGUGAGGUGUGGACAGUCUUUUGCCUUCAGAUGCCAGCGUGAGGAGCUGAGCGGGUGGUACCCCCCCUUUGGCCAGGACCCAGGAGGUACCAGCAAGGGGCCACCCUUCCCUUUUCAAUAAAGAGUUUUUCUACUGCA